UUCUCAGUUCUCAUAAACUAUCCAUGUUAUGAUUGUCAACCAAAUUUUUCAAUUAUUCAAUUAUUAAAUUAUUAUCAAUUCAAUUUUUAGGAAAUUAAUUUGUCACAUACAUCGAAAAUAAAACUCUACCCCUUUUAGUUAAACUCGUUGUAUAAUGCACAUCAAUAAAAAAAUUGUAAUAAAAGCCCGCUAAAUAUCUAUCUGCUUAUUGAGUGCCGAUAUAGCAAUGUCGACUUGAAUAGGAUAGCCAAUAUGCACUGUUUGCUAAAAAGGUCGAAGUUUUAAAAAUGGAUAAUAAUCUGUUGAGUGGAUGCAACCAAGCUCUAGUUAAUCAUGAGACGCUGUCUUCCCCUAAUAAUGUAGAAUUAAGGGAUGACUUGUUCAGUUCUUCAGUUUCUUUAUAUGACAAUUUUGAUAUACCAACUGAAACUGGUACAGACAAUGAUUUGAAUCUAAAGUCUGCUUCAAAAAAUGCUUUGCUUGCGAAGAAGCGGCUGCAGGCCUAUAGAAAGAUAUUGAAAGGCAACCCAAUAAACGAAGAGAAUAACGCAAAUAUUGAUAUAGAAAAACUUCCGAAGAGUUCUUUAAAAAAGUUCAAGAAAGGUCUUUAUCCUGAGGAUGCUGCUAAAGCUAUAAUACAAGAAAUUGAAGACUUAAAAAAGGCAGGAUUUGCUGGGAGUACCAGACAGGAACAUCAAUUAAGUACAAAACCAAAUCAACUAUUUGCUCCUGUCCACCUUCCUCUCUCACCCAUCAAAACUGACACCAUACAAACUGCCAAAUUUGGGUUUAUAACUAGAGCCAGAUCACAAUCAUCUUCUUCAGAUGACCAAAAACUUCAGUUUAAAAAAAGGGAGAUUAAAUGUCGGAACAUAAGAAAAUUGGAUCCUAACAUAAGAAGGUCCCCGUCUCCGGAAAAGCAAUUUAGAACUGGCAAAACUGAGGUGGUCGAUAAAGGGCCCAAGCAGUAUCCGAAAAAUUGGUCUGAAUAUAUUGAAUUAAAUUUGGAUCCAGAAAAAGACGCAUAUUUAAAAUCAAAGUUAUUCAAGCAAUUGAAAACAAAAAGCUCGGAUCCUCAAGAUUUUUAUGCUUUUGAAACUCCUUCGCCUCGCAUGGAGACGUUUAAGUGUAUGCCAAGGAGUGGAGAUCCCAAUGUUGUGCCUUUUGAAUUUCUGCAAUACACUGCGUGCAAACCCCGAAUCGUCUACAGCAGGAAUCAUCGCAAAUCCCAACCGGGAUUUUUGACCAAGGAACAGAUCACCGCGGUCGUGCCGGCCGAAAGGAAAGAGUUGCUGGUCAAAUUCUGGAGUUCCGCCCCACGAUGCCCACCCGCGAAUAAAAAAAUCGACGCGAGAAAAUGGUACCCGCGCAACUGGAGGCGGCAGGAAAAUUCCGAAGCUAGACUGCUCGAAAAUUCCGUCGGACUUUCGUUCUUGCAAACCUACUCCGACGACGAGGAUGAUACGGAAGAAGGCGCGAAUCAGAAAUCGAAUGAAGAAACUGAAAACUUGAAGCGGAAGACCAGUAUUGAUGUGUCUAAAGAAGAAGACGAAUAUAAUAAGACGAAACGGGAGAUCGAGCUACUGGAGGCGUCCUUGAAACAAGCAGCCGCUGAGUUCGGCGAACUGGAUAUCCUGGCGGACAUCUGCAACAGCAACGACCAGAAAUAUUCCGUUGACUCAUUGGAAAAUGAAGAAGAAGAAGAAGAAGGCUCAGACAAAAAGCAGAAAAAGAGGGAAAGGCAGAGGGACGAACCUUUCCACGAUAAGAAUGCUAAGAAAUCCAAGAAAGUGAAACAGAAGAAGGAGAAGUUUAAAAAAGGCAAGAAAAGGAAAUCAGGGAAGAAACAAAAGAGGAAGCGGCGCACGAGCGACGAGAGCCGAAGCGACUCCGACGACUCGGCCGAAGAUAGAAGAAAAAAGAAGGAGAAGGAAGAACGGGUAGAUAAUGAUGGCAAUUUGGAAUCUAAAAGAUCGGGCGACAAAGCUUCUGAUUCGGAAGCUGUUCGUUAUCCGUUUGAAGAAGAAAUUGAAGAAAAAUCAUCGCCGAAGAAGAAAGGUAGAAACCUGGUCCUCACCGGAGCGGUUUUAUCUUCCGACGAAGAAGCAAAACCGAAGUUGGUUAGGCGCGUCAGGGACGAAGGUUCUCGACAAAGCGAAGAGAAAGUGGAGGCGGUAAAAAUAGAUCUUUUAAAGAAAAAUCAGGAAUAUUUACGCGAACAGGAGAUGCUCAAGAAGAAAGAAGAAACGGAAGGUUGGCAUAAAAGCGAUGCGGCGCCUAUAGAAAAAAUCAAAACCGGAAAAGAAAAAGAACGGUACUAUAAAGGGGGAAAGCGGUGCAGAACAUCCAGCGGCGAGGGGAUCGCUUCGAAAGAGGAAAACCGAAGACGGUCUUCAACGAGAAGCGAUUUCGGCACCAUCGAAGAAUUGAAGAAGGAGGCGAAGGAACUCGUCAGGACUUACAACGAGUUUCACGAGAUAACGAUGGAAAAACGCGCACAGGAAAUGGAGGAAUUGGAAAAGAUUAGGAACAGGCGGAAGCGACGGGCGGCCGAGUUUCUAGCGCAGAAAUGCAACCAGAACGCGAAAUCGUGCGAUACGCCGGACGCCAAAGAUCAGGAACUCGUUACUUUCAAAACGGAAGCAGUAGAAGAGGAUUAUCGUAGAACCACCACCCCCGACAUUAAAGAAUGUCAAAGAAAGUGGGAGGAGGACUCGAGGUUGGUUUGGGAAAGCGAGGACGAUCAACAGGUCGCGGAACCGAAGCCGCUCAUGAAUCUGUCGUGGGAGAGCGACGAGGAGGAUUUCGAAAGACAAGUCGCCCAAAUACAGAGUCCGAGGCGAACGUCGCCCGCGCGCAGCUCGUUCUCGUUAGAGAUUCCGUUAAACAUCGGGCCUUUCCUCAAACGGGAGAUGAUAGUGGAGAACAGCGAACUCGACGAAAUGAUAAACGAGGCGUGCAGUUUGGAACGGCAGAAAGGUUUGUCCGAAGCGGAAACUUUGCGCGUCAUGGCGGACUCCCACGAACCCGUAAAACGUCAACAAAACGAAGGGGAAAGCGGGGGGAAGGCUUGCGCGAACUCGAGCGUCAACGAUUUAGACAAGUCGUGGAAGAAGGGCAGAUGGGACCGAAAGGUGUCCAGUCCGAAGCAAAAGGUCGAUUUGACGGCGGACGUGAGCAUGAACUCGUCGAACAAUUCGUCCGCAGCGCUCGAAAACGAAUACGAGCAGUUCAUAAAGGCCGUGUCGUCUGAGACGAAGGAAGCCAUAGUGAUCGAGAGCAGCUCCGAUUCGUCCGUAACGCUGGUGGACGAAUUCCGAAAGCCGAAACGAGAACCAAUGAUUAAUUUUGCCGAUUUGAACGUCGUGCCGAGUGCGCCCACCGAUGAUAUCCUCCUGAAGCACAUUCCUCUGCCGCCGCCACUACCGAUCGAAGUUCAACCGUUGCCCAAGUCGGCCGACGCGCCGGCUGACACAAGCAAACCGCUCAUCAAUCUGAGCUUCGAGCCGAACGUCACGCAAAACAUCACGACGACGUCGUCCAGCAUCGCGGCGCCGAUCACUUCCACCAUCAACGUAUCCAAGGCGGGCGUGGAAAUCUCGACGACGGGGGGUUCGGAUUUGGUCAACGACCCGGAUCCACGAGCGCCCCCUACCUUGAAUUCUAAUUCGCCGUCGUUAAAAGACAGCACUUCGGACGGCUUCACCCGCGACGUCGUGAAAGAAGCGGCCGUCGUCAAUCACAAACUAACCUUCACGGCCCUGACGCUGCGCAGCAAACGACUGCUGCCGAACUCGGGCCUGAACUUGAACGAAUCGGACGAGGAUGAUGCGUGCGCGGUCGAAGAGACGAAAAAAAAGAAAUUGGAGACGCCGAUCGAAAAGAAUCAGAAAGAAACGUGCCUCGAAGAGAUACGAGUGCCGGCCGAACCUAAACCAGACGACAGCGGACAAGAUAGUUCCGCUAAGCGCGAGAGGAAAAACUCGUCUCCGCGCCGUCGCGAAGAGUCGCCCAGGACUCGGAAAAAGGAUACGUCGCCCAAGCGACGAGGAUCGUCGCCGAAGAGACGCGCUCCGUCACCGAGACGCCGCGCCUGUUCGCCUAGGCGACGGGAAUCGUCGCCGAGACAUUCCAAGAGGCGACCGCACUCUCCAAAACGGCCGUCGCCGCGACGAAGGUCAUCUCCGAGACGCAGGUCGCCCCGAGCGUCCUCGCCUAGGAGGUCGCCGAGGCGCAAGUCUCCGUCUAGGAGACGGAGCGUUUCGCCGAGGAGACGCCGAAGUCUGUCGCCGAGGAGAAGAAUCUCGUCGCCCAGAAGACGCGGCGGUACAGUCGAUAGGCAGUCGCCGAGGAGAUGGACUCGGAGAAGCAACUCGCCUAGGUCGAAACGAAGGCUCAGCGAUUCUUUGGAGAAUUCCGCGCCAUCGAAACACCACGUGACCGCGGUCGAGAGGGAAAAGUCGCCCGUCGCGUCUCCGUACGAAGGUUUGAAGCGCAGCGUCGCCGAUUCGACAAUAAGCGACGACUUGCUUCUGCAAGCACCCGUCCAAGAAGACUUCAUCAAUCCGUCGGUGCAGCAGCUGAUGUUUGGUAACAGAUUCAAGGACCACGAAUACGAUUCGCCGAAACGUAUACCGUUAGACGUCAGGAUUAAUCAAGUGCUGGGAUUGGACGAGCCGAGCUCGCCGAGACCGAGACAAUACGGCGUAUAUAAUAAUUACAUGGUCGAUCCGUCGAAGCGUCCGCCCGAUCUCCAUCAUCAGUACGUCGCUGCUUACUCCUCGAACGUUCCUCCGCCCCUGCCCACUGAGGUCGGCUUCAGGGUCAACAGGGAGGUCGCCCGGCUCGGGCAAGCGUGUUUCAAGCAGGUUGGCAACAUGCUGCAGAUCGUCCCGAGCGACGAGGUGCCCGUCUUUAAACUUGAGGAUGCACAGAAGGGAUAUAUGAAUCCCGAUCCGCCCGCGUAUAUGCAUCUGCCGCCUCCUCUCAUUGAGGGAAGGGCCCCGAUGAAUGAUAUAAAACCUCAGAUCGUUCAAGUCGGUAACAUGUUGCAAAUCGUGCCCAGCGACAUACUGGCCAUGCCGGAGUCGGCGGCUUUCCCGCCAAGCCCCAAAAUUAAAAUCGAGAAGGCGGAAGAGAUGGUCGAUCCGAUCGCGGUGCAGGAAAAACAAUCUGCUGAGGCCGCCCUGAUGCAGAAGGUGGCCGAACGCCGCGCGGAACGAGAAAAGAGACGUCACGAGAAAGAGUUGCGUAGGAAAGAGAAGGAACGGCGAAAAAUGGAAAAGGAAAACGAACGGCAAGCCAAACUGAAGAUUAAAACGGAAAACAUGAUUAAGAAAGCUUUGGAAUUGGAGGAAGAGGAGGAGAACAUAGACGUGGAGGAUUCUGAGGCCAAACCCACUCAAUGGCCGCCGUUGUCGUUGGUCGUCGUACACAACACCACUGCGAAAGAAGCCGGCAAGAGUAUACUGUUAAAUAAACAAGAGGCGGACGCAACGUCACCCUCCGAGAAGAAAACCAAAUUGGUUAGUUUCGCCGAUGGCGUGCGACCCGGCGAGGGCACGUCACCAUCGGCUGGCGAAGAGCUCGCGUCUCCGCCUCCGAGAAAAAAGCUGCCGAAAGAAAAGAGGUACUUGAAGCUGCAGAAGGGCAAGAAACAUCCGAAGAAGAAGGUAAAGGUAAAAAUUAUUAAAAAACCGCCAACUCCGGAAGACAGCGAAUCGGACGAGGACAAUUUACCGCCACCGUCGCCGCCCCCGGGCUCGCCACCUCCCCAUCUUUUCCCGCCCCGUAUAAAAACGAGCCCGGUAAAUAACGUGACGGCAACGUAUCUCGCGACGAUUAUUCAAAACUCUCAGCAACUUCAGCAGCAGCACAUGCAACAACAACAGCUGCAACACCAUCAGUUGCAGCAACAGCAGCUCCAGCAACAGCAGCAACAAGUGUCGUACGCUCCCGUGUACCCACCUCCCCCUUUGAAUAUCAUAAUGGCGCCUCCCCCUCCGCCCCCAAAUCAUAGGACGCCUUCGCAUCACGGUACGCCCCCACCACCUUACCACGUUUCGCGAAGUCAUCAUCCACCAAUGUCGUUGGGUUCGCAUUCUCGUUCAGGUAAGGGCCGAUUUCCAAUAAAUGUGUAAUGAUGGUGAUUUCUCAUUAUUGGAGUAAAUAUCCCAUAGAAAUUUUCGUGGAAAAAAUUUCUUGUUCACAGUGUCAAUGUUUAUUCUAGAUUCUCACCCAGAAAUUGAGGGGUGAGCGUCAGAUAGGUGAGUGGUAGUAGGGAGCAUGGGUCUAGCAUUUAAAUUUCGCUUAAUCUAAGAUUUAGUUUGAGUUCUUUGGCCGCAGUCGGUUAUUAUUUGGGCCCGUCGCUUUUAAAUUCGCAUUUAUAUUUUUAUCGUUUAGAUUAGGAAGGACGUGCGCUAAUUUCUUUACUUUAAUUUCAGGACAGACCCGACCAUUUUGAGAGCAAAUCCUAAAAUUUUUAUGCAAAGUCUAUUAUUUAUUAAGAUUUAACUAAUCCAUUCUAUUAUUGUACAUAGUGGUUAUGCGAUUGUCAAAUAUAACUUUUUUUGUAUCUUUUUUUAUACAAUUAUUUUUUGUUUUAGCGACCUCAAUAGACUGUUAAUGUAAA